AUGGCGUGCCAUCAAGCAUGGAACAAUCUUGCAUCUCGACCUUGUCAGAUAGCGCCACACGCGUUUGCAUACGUUCGGGUUGGGGAUGAGGACCUGAGAAUACCUGCAACAUGUGAGGAUGGCAAUGACUCUAGAGCAUCUGCCACGCAGGCUUGGUUGUUAGACCAUGGCUGGCGUCAGCGUUCCGCACUCUCAACAGUGCUUUGGCAGAUGCUGGAACCGUGCGAUGUGCCCCAUCGUUUCCGGGAGCUCAUUGCAGGGAGGCCUGGCAUGCUUAUGCGCCGUGCUCGACUGGAGCUUAGUGUUGUGGUGGACAUGCAAACAUUUAUUAUUACCAGCUUUCUGGUGAGGCUUCUUCCAGAAAAGCUCAGCUGCAAGCGCCUAGGGCUGAGCCAAAUAGCGGAGCCAUGUGCUAUGCUACAUGUAAUACUAAUGAAUUGUUUGUCGACAGGCCUUGGUGGAAUGGCCUGUGGGCCGAUACCCUUCUGGGGUCCAAGCCUCAGUCAGCCAUUAUUUGCCAAGAUAGCAAAAUUGGGCCAGUCUUUGGUGCUGAGGAAUGGUGCUGGCGAAUGCCACCUCACACACCAGAACCUUGGUUGCAGUGGCUCUUUGGGUUGUGCGGGUCGCUUGCAAGAGCCACAGGAGGAUGCAGCAGCUGCAGAAAACUGGGAGGACUGCUUCAAAAGCUGGGCAGCAUGCAGGCCUUGCUUUCAACUUUCUCAGCCUUGCAAGUGCUUGUAUCUUGCCCAGCGUUGCCUGCAUCUUGCCAAGCCAGCCUUGCGCAUCGUUACUAGCAUCUUGCCCAGCAUUCAGCAUAGCUUGUAUCGUGCCCAGCAUUGCUUGUAUCUUGCCCAUGUCUGCAUCUGGCCAAGCCCUGUUGCUUGCCAUCCAGCCUUGUCCGGCGUUGCCUGCUGUCCAGCCUUGCCCAGCGUUGGUAGCAUCUUUCCCAUCGUCGCUAGCAUUUUGCCCAGCAUUGCCUGGUGUGCAGCCUUGCCCAGUGUUGCUAUCAUCUUUCCCCUCGUCACCAGCAUCUUGCCCAGCAUUGACUGGUGUGCAGCCUCGCCCAGCGGUACUAUCAUCUUUCCCCACGUCACCAGCAUCUUGCCCAGCAUUGCCUGGUGUGCAGUCUUGCAAGGCGUUGCUAUCAUCUUUCCCUCUUCACCAGCAUUGCCUGGUGUGCAGCCUUGCCCAUCGUUGCUAUCAUCUUUCCCCCGUCACCAGCAUCUUGCCCAGCAUUGCCUGGUGCUAUCAUCUUCCCCUCGUCACCAGCAUCUUGCCCAGCAUUGCUUGGUUUGCAGCCUUGCCCAUCGUUGCUAUCAUCUUUCCCUCGUCACCAGCAUCUUGCCCAGGUGUGCAGCCUUGCCCAGCGUUGCUAUCAUCUUUCCCCUCGUGCCAGCAUCUUGCCCAGCAUUGCCUGGUGUCCAGCCUUGCUAUCAUCUUUCCCCUCGUCACCAGCAUUUUGCAUCGCAUUGCCUGGUGUGCAGCCUUGCCCAGCGUUGCUAUCAUCUUUCCCCUCGUCACCAGCAUCUUGCCCAGCAUUGCCUGGUGUGCAGCCUUGCCCAGCGUUGCUGUCAUCUUUCCCCUCGUCACCAGCAUCUUGCAUAG